CACGAUUCUGUCAAAAGAGGUCACAACCAAAUGAGAGUGGUACUAUAUAAGUCAGGUAUUUGUUUUGAAAUUCAUUCUCCGACUUUAUUCCACAAUGUUGAAGCUAACUAUAUUCCUUGUUGUUGGUAUUGCUGUUGCAUUUGUUAGUGGACAAACUACACAGUGUACCACUGAAGCAGACUGUACAUGUCCGACAGGGGAGACCGCAACCUGCCAUCAUGAUGGAACAUGUCAUUGUCACCACACUGGAGGACAAGGUCCAACUUGCACUACUGAAGCAGACUGCACCUGUGGAGCAGAUGAGACCGCCCAAUGUGCUCAUGGACACUGUCAUUGCCACCAUAAUCAUGGGAAAAGAAAUACUGUUGCCUGUACUAAUGUAACAACUUGUGACACUCAUUGUGCCCCAAACAUUGGUGAAUGUAAACAUGACAAGUGCCACUGUCACCAUGAGGCUCCAGCACACAGAGCUCAUUGUACGACUGCUGUUGACUGUGUAAACUGUCCUCACGGAACAAUAGCAGAAUGUGACGCACACCAUCAGUGCCAAUGUAAACAUGACAAUGGUCAUCCAGUAGGAAGAAGACAAGUUAUGUGCAAUAAUAAUUCAGAGUGUGCAGCACAUUGCCAUCCUCAUAUUGGUACAUGCAAUAACAACAAAUGUCAUUGUCAUCAGCAUUAGGGAACUACAUAAUGCAAACGACAGAGACAUGCGUUUCUUAUCAAUAAAUGUUUUCUAUAUUUUGAUA